CUGGGCUGGAAACCUGAGGAGGUUGCAAGAAGUUAAACUGAAGACAGAAGCGAGAGCUGGGUCAGAAAGACACCAUUAGACGUCCUUUAUCACCUAUCUUGGACUUGAAUCUUGACUGGCCAGAGCCACAGAAGUUUAUAAGGUGGCCACUCUAGCAACCCUGGACUGCCACAACUAUGACCUCCUCCUGCCCAGACUCAGAUAAUAGCUGGGUGCUUGCUGGCUCUGAGAACCUGCCUGUGGAGACUCUGGGCCCAGAACCCAGGAUGGACCCAGAAUCUGUGGGAGCCUCUCAGGCCCUUUCAGACCCCUCCAAGGCAGAUGGCGAAGAACUAACUGGGACCUUGGAUGGAGAAGGGAAGCUUUUCCAGACAGAAGGUUCCUGGAAUGAAAGUGCUACUCUGCCUGAGGAGAUGAAGGCCAAGGGCACUCUGGGAUGUGAUGGCCAUGGGAUGGAGCCCCCUGGAGACACAUUUAUCCAGGAAGAUUUGCAAGAGACUCCUGUGGCGACAAGCCUGGGACCAGACACACAGGACCUGGAAAACGAGAGCCCUCCACAGAACCUGCCCUCAAGUCCCAAAGCAGUAUGGAAAGAGUGCCACUGCUCCAGCAGUGACGAUGACACUGAUGUGGAUGUGGAGGGUCUGCGGAGACGGAGGGGCCGGGAGCCCAGCCCCGCCCAGCCCGCCACACCCAUGGAUGCGGAGGACCAGGCCAAGGGCGAGGGUGUAGGAGGCGAGCUGGGCAUCUCUCUCAACAUGUGUCUCCUGGGGACCCUGGUUCUUCUCGGCCUGGGGAUCCUCCUGUUCUCUGGUGGGUUGCUGGAGCCUGAGACUGGGUCCAUGGAAGAAGCAGAGUUGCAGGUCUUCCCAGAUACUGGGCUGGAGACUGAGUUGGUAGAUACUGUAGGGAACAGGAAGGAUGAGCUAGAGCAGCUGCAGGCCUCAGUACUACCAGACAGUGGCCCCAGCCUGCAGAGCAUGGGGCUUUUGCUGGACAAGCUGGCCAAGGAGAACCAGGAUAUCCGGCUGCUUCAGGCCCAGCUGCAGGCUCAGAAAGAAGAGCUUCAGAACCUCUUGCACCAGCCCCAAGGGCUGGAAGAGGAGAAUGCCCGGCUCCGGGAGGCCCUGCAGCAGGGCAAGACCUCCCAUCAGGCCCUAGAGUUAGAACUACAGCAGCUAAGGGCCCGACUCCAAGGCCUAGAAGCUAACUGUGUCCGGGGUGCAGAUGGGGUGUGUCUCAACUGGGGUGGAGGCCCAAGUGACAAAGCCACCAAGGAGCAAGGCCACAAGGGGCAGGAGCCAGACCCCAGCUUAUUAGAGCAGCAUAAGCGGCUAGAGGCUGAAGCACAGGCCCUAAGGCAGGAGUUGCAAAGGCAGUGGCAGCUGCUGGGGUCUGUGCACCGAGACUUACAGAGGGGCUUGCAGAAUGCGGGCCAAGGAGCCCCCGCUCAUGCUGGUCUGGCUGAACUUGGUCACAUGUUGGCCCAGACAUUGCAGGGCCUAGAGAACUGGGGUCAUAACAAUGGCAUUCCUGCCAAUGACUCAGAGGCCUGGUACCAGAAGAAGCCUCACUUCCAGAAUUCCAGGGAGUGGAGCAGAAAGGAGAAAUGGCAUGGUGGGCCGAGGCACCAGAAGGCUGAGCACUGGAAGCAUGGGAAGGAGGAGUCUGGCCAGGAUGAGCACUGGAAGCAUAGGAAGGAGGAGUCUGGCCGGAAGAGGAAGCGGAGCUGGAGGGAUGGGAAUGGGGAAGCAACAGGAGUGUGGAAGGAAGACAAGCCAAGGGUAGAAGAAUUGGGGAACAGAAAGGAUGGCAAGCGACAGGACUUCAAGGUGUACCCUAGGAAAAGUGGGGACUCCCACUCUGGAGAAAGGCAGAAGCCUUCUUGGGGGAAAGACAACAGCCCUGACCCCCUGUCCUCCUGGGAGGAGCUGCUGAAGCGCAAGUACCGGCCCCCUCAGGGCUGCUCAGGUGUAGAUGACUGUGCCAGGCAGGAGGGCCUGACCUUUUUUGGCACGGAGCUAGCCCCUGUACGGCUACAGGAACUGGCCUCUGUGCUGAGAACAUACUUGGAGAGGCUGCCCUGGGCUGGGCAACUGACCAAAGAGCUGCCCCUCUUACCUGCUUACUUUGGAGAAGAUGGCAUCUUCAGGCAUGACCGUCUUCGCUUCCGGGACUUUGUGGAUGCCCUGGAGGACAGCCUGGAGGAGGCAGCAUUGAAACAGAUGGGUGAUGACGAUGAAGUAGAUGACUUUGAGGAUUUCAUCUUCAGUCACUUCUUUGGAGACAAGGCACUGAAGAAGAGAUCAAGGAGGAAGGAGAAGCAUUCCUGGAACCACAGAGUUGUGGGGCCCAGGGAAGAGCAUGACCGCCAUCCCCACCACUACUACCAUGGCUAAUCCCUGCCCCUGCUGUAACAAAUGGCCUUGGCACAUACCCAGCUCAAGAUCCCUGGAAUUAUGUGACCUUAGAAGCUGUGCUCCCACUGUCCAGCAAGUCCUUGAAUGUACUUCACAGAAGAGAGCAAAGCACUUGGCCCUGCACUGGUACCACUUUUGCUACAAAAAGGCCAUAGUUGGUUCUGCUAAACCGCCUUUGUGUGCAAAUACAUACAAAAGCUAAAGGCCCCGGGUACCGAGUGUGUAGGGGCCUGCUGGGGAGUAUUCUGAUUCUGAAGCCAGAGAGCUGUUCUCCAUUUUAGUGGCUGCCCCAGGGCCACAGCAGUACCUGCAACCCUUCACUGGAGCUGCUGGUUAGAGACACAGCUCCAGACUUGCCCUGGGCUUUUGUUAGCUUUGGAGCAACAAGUCCCCUCUCAUCAUGCUUCUCUUGUGGCUUUUGCCACCCUCACCUGAGCUGCCACUUUGAGGUGGUCCAGUGGUUAGAUAUAACCUAUCCACUGCACUCAGCCUUCCCCUCUGAUCUCAGCCUUCCGUCUUGUAGGCCCACCCCCAUCCUCACCCUCCUUUCCCAAGGAGCCUAGCCAUCCACCAAUUAUCUCACAGUUGCCCUGACUGAACCCCUGUGGAGCCCUGGGCUCCAGUCCAGGCUGGGUGGCCUCAGGCCAGGUCAUCGUAUCCUAGGAAAGGACUGAGGGCUGAGAAACCGAGUAAAUAAAGCACUGAAACAAACACCCUG